AGGGGUAUUUGAGUAAUUUACUAAAGCAAAACAAUUUCAUCCUGUUUUCUUAUUAAGCAAAAAAACCACCUUCGUAAAUUUUGUUCUUCACAUUUCGGUCUGGAAAACCUCAAACGACAGCUUUGUGCUUAGUUCAAGAAAACAGCAAUGGAUGCCGACGAGAGAUUAAUAGCUUUAGAAAAGGCGUAUACGGAUGUAGUCUUGAACACAGAGAAAGAAGCAGCGACGAGGAUUAUGGUGUCGGAACAGAAAGCUCAAUGUUUUCAAGAGGAGCUCCAAGUGGUGAAAGAAAAGGGGCUAAUGACGCUGAUGAAGCUCAAAGAGAUGAUGGAUUCUAAGAUUAUUGAAGCAGAGUUGACAUCGUUGAGUCAACAGAGGAAGAUUGAAGAACUUGAAGCUCAACUUGAGGAAGCAGAAGAUAUUGUAAGUGAUCUCAGGGUUGAGUUGAGAGAAGUUCAAGCUGAACUUGAGAAAGUUGCCAGCAAAGAGAAAGAAGAAAAGCAAUUGCUGGAUGUUGAUAGUACUGAUCCUAGAGAACUAACAAAGGACAACACAGUUGUAUUGCCUCCAGAAUCUCAGGAUGAUUCAGUGACAACUUCUAACAUGGAAGUUGACAGUAUGAACCAGAAAACUGAGGGCUACCAUUCUUGUCAUACAAAGGUUAACCCCGGAAAUUGUUCUGUUGCUAGUUCGGAUUUAAGUUUGACAGGCAAAGCGCUAGAGUUAUACCAAAAUGGACAUACGCAGAUAAUUCAUGCUGCUGAAGGAAACCUGUCAGAUAGGGAAAUCAUUCAAAAUGAAACAUUUUCUGAACAUUCUUUGAAGUUGGAAAACAUGCCAACCAAUAAUUUCUUGACAGAUGAUUCAACUGUAGCAAGAGGCAAUGCUCCAAGUGAAGAUCCUUCUGAGAUGGCCCAAAGAUUGUCCACAGGAAAAGGUGAACAAGGCAUAGAGAUGGGAUAUGCAGAAAGUUCUGAUAAUAAACCGCAGUCUAUUGAGGCUUCUGGUGUUCAUUAUGCAAUAGAUGAGCAUGAGGAGUUGAUGGGAAAGAUGGAUCUUUCAGAAGAAGAUAUUGAAAAUGUUUGCAAUCAGUUGUUCUUUAUAAAAGAUCUUUGCAGUCAACUGUUAAAGUCAGAGUCAAGGGUGACUGGUGUAAAAAAUCGGGGCCCUAGCCAACCUCUAAAUGAUAGAGUGUUUAAGUACACAUACCAAAGAAAGAGGAAAAGAGAAUUGUUGAGUGUAUCUGAUGAGAAAGCUUCAAUUGCAAAGAGCUCUCAAACAAAAAAAAAGUGUGAAACUAGAUAGUCUUUUUGAGACACAGGAUGAGUUCAGUGACAGAAUCAUCUCAGGACAAUUGGCAAAUGGCAUUAGGUUGCUCAACCGCUAAUGUGUUUGUCUAAGAAGUGCUAGUGAUAUUGUGUGUGCCAUGUCUUCUGUGCUAUAAAAUAAGGAAUGUCUUCUGUCAGCUAUCUCUGAGAUCCAUCAUGUCAUUUAGGUUGGAGGUUUACGAGUGAGAUGCACGAUCCAAUUGAUUGUUUACAUGUCCAGCAGAUGCCGUAUCUAGCCUU